CACAACAGUCUUCAGUCUGUUGGUCUUUUCCAAGGCCCUGUCAUGACAGUCUCCUACACACUUGAGGUGGCAGAUGCCAGGUUUGCUGGCUUCUCUAAGCUGCUAUUUCGCUGGAAGGGCAGCAUAUACAAGUUGCUCUACAAGGAGUUCAUUGUCUUCUGCCUAUUAUACAGUGCCAUCAGCAUUGUAUACAGGUGCAGCCUUAAUGAAACACAACAAACAUUGUUUGAGAAAACUGCACUCUACUGUGAGCAGUUCUCAAAUUUUAUCCCCAUGUCUUUUGUUCUGGGAUUUUAUGUCACACAGGCAUUUAGCCGCUGGUGGGGCCAGUACACAAGUUUCCCGUUGCCUGACAACCUGAUGAUGGUGGUGUCAGGUAAUGUCCACGGUGUGGAUGAGAGGGGGCGGCUGCUCCGCCGGACUCUGAUGCGGUACGCUAACCUGUCCUCCGUCCUCAUCCUCCGCUCCAUCAGCACGCGUGUGCGCAGGCGAUUCCCCACGCUGGACCACAUUGUGCAAGCAGGCUUCAUGACAGAGAAGGAGCAGAAACACCUUGACCACUUGUACUCCGAUUUCAACAAAUACUGGAUGCCCCUGACGUGGUUCUCCAACCUGGCCGCUCAGGCGCGGGAGGAGGGCCGCGUGAAGGACGACAUCGCGCUUCGCUUGCUCAUGGAUGAGCUAAAUAAGUACAGGGCAAAGUGCAGUAUGCUAUUCCAUUAUGACUGGAUUAGCAUCCCUCUGGUCUACACCCAGGUGGUCACUGUAGCAGUUUAUUCUUACUUUGCUUUCUGUUUGAUUGGACGCCAGUUUUUAAACCCAAAACAUAAAUACCUUGGUCACUCUUUGGACUUGUAUAUUCCGGUUUUCACAUUGCUGCAAUUCUUUUUCUAUGCUGGCUGGCUCAAGGUUGGGGAGCUCAUCAUCAAUCCAUUUGGGGAGGAUGACGAUGAUUUUGAAACAAAUCAGCUCAUUGAUAGGAACAUUCAGGUGUCAAUGCUGGCUGUGGAUGACAUGCACCAGAACCUUCCUUUACUAGAAAAGGACAAGUAUUGGGUGGAGAAGAGCUUCCCUCUUAACUCAGACGAGGCACUAAAACCAGCCUUCAUGGGUUCUACCUACGAUAUGAGGCUUAUUGGGGAAGAGUCCUCAGAUGCCAGCAUACAAAGCCCUGUGGUCAACAGAUACCUGCCUGUCAAUGUAUGGCCUCCCUCUAAACUCAAGAGAUCCAACAAAGUGAAGUUACUGUGCUUCUCAGGAAAGGAGGCAAAUGCUGGAGAUGAAGAGACUCACUGCAAGACACCUAUAGAGAGUGAUGUGCAGUUUGUCCAGGAAGGGGACGGCAUAGGUCAGACAUCUGCCAAGGAACAGGAUGCUAAGCUGGACACAACUAACGUAGCAUGAACACUGCUCACAUUUAAUCUUGUUUGUGCUUUUUUUUUUUUUUUUUUUUUAAAUCAGCCGUUUGAUGCCACCCUGAACCAAGUCUCCACCUAAGCAAAGAGUAAACUUCAUGAAUAAAAACGUCAAAAACUCAAGUCAAAAUAGAUAUAUUUAAUGGGUUAAACGUGUAGACCAAACACCAGGCAUACUCCGAAAAUAAAAUUCAGGUAGGCUACUGUUGUGAUGUUAAGUCAUUAAUCUAGGAGGUAAUAACCAGU